AAGCAUUCUCUGAAGCUCAGAGAGAAACUCGGGAGCAGAGUGUGUGAUAGAGGAAGGAGCUUAAAUCUCUGCGGUGCAGAGAGGGAAAGCUGCUUUCUUUGCGACAAAUAAAAAAAAAUCUCCAUCCGUACUUCUUUUUUUUCUUGAUAAAGGGACUUACAAUACAAAACUGCAGCAGGGAGAAGCUCAGUUGUAGCUGUUUGUCAUAACAUUUUUUUUUUGUAGCGUUUGCUGUUUUGCAAGAAGGAAAAGACAUCUGAACUUCGUACUUCUGCAGAGGGGCUCAAUUAAGAUUACUUAAAGCCUCUAGUUUGCACAGCUGACAAUAAUCUUGAUGACUGCUGUGCAUUAGUGAAACAAAUUAGACUUUUCUCGUUUCGUUUAUCUCAAGAAGCGUGUCGCAUGUUGUAGAAGUCGAGUUUGCAGCAGUGGACGGAGUAGUUAGUAUACCGCCCCUUGCAUGAAAACAGAAGGCAAGGGGGAAAAAAAGUGAGUUUUGCAGCGUUGGCAAGAACAGCAGCCUAGUUACUCAGAUAAAGAAACUAUGGCUGGAGAGUUGAGCAUGGGGACAGAGCUCCCAGCCAUCCCACUGGAACUGGAGUACGUCAAUGACUUUGAUCUGAUGAAGUUCGAUGUGAAGAAAGAGGCUCUGGCCGGGUUGGAUCGCGCCUCUGCCCGGCACUGCAACCGGCUCCAGCCGCCUGGUUCGGUGUCUUCUACUCCGAUCAGCACGCCGUGCAGUUCGGUGCCAUCCUCGCCCAGUUUCAGCCCGACAGAGCAGAAGAGCCACUUGGAAGAGCUCUACUGGCUGCCUAGCGGCGGCUACCACCAGCAAAUGAACCCAGAGGCGCUGAAUCUGACCCCGGAGGACGCGGUGGAAGCUCUGAUAGGGUCCACAGCACACGGCCACCCUCCGCACAUUCAGCAGCAGCUCCAGCAAGGCGGCUUCGACGGCUACAGAGCAGCCCACCACCACCACAGCCACGUUCAUGGCCAGCAGCACCAUCACCAGUACCCCAGUGUCCCUCACCAUCACGAUGAGCUCGCAGCACACCAUCAUCCGCACGGCCAGCACCAUCACCACCACAGCCAAGAUCUCGACUGCCCAUCCCCUUCCUCGCCGGAGUCCCACCAGGAGCUUCACCACCGCCACCACCACCACCAGCAGCAGAGUCACCACGGAGGAGGGCUUAGUGUGGAGGACCGCUUCUCGGACGACCAGCUGGUGUCCAUGUCCGUGCGAGAGCUCAACCGGCACCUACGUGGCUUCACCAAGGACGAGGUGAUCCGCCUGAAGCAGAAGCGCCGGACCCUCAAGAACCGAGGCUACGCGCAGUCCUGCCGCUACAAGCGGGUCCAACAGAAGCACGUCCUGGAGAGUGAGAAGACCCAGUUGGUUAAUCAGGUGGAGCAGCUCAAGCAAGAAAUCAACCGGCUGGCCCGCGAAAGAGACGCGUACAAACUCAAGUGCGAGAAACUGACAGGCAGUAACGGGUUCCGAGAGGCUGGGUCCACCAGCGACAACCCGUCAUCUCCAGAGUUCUUCAUGUGAAUCACCGAGUGAGUCCAAGUAAAAUAAUAAUAUCAACAAUAAUACAUAAUAGUAAUAAAUACAUAAACAAUUAACACAUACCUAUUAUUAAUAAUGCAAGAAGAGACUAUCAAGAAAAAAUAAUCUCAUAUUUAAUCAUCUUCAUUCAUCUGAAAACUACAAGCGAGCCCUAGGAGAGGUAGACAGUGGAGGCAAUUUCUUAAAACUUGUUCAACAUCUCGACUUGUAGAUUAGUCGCUUUUACUUAAAUGUAGAGUCAGAGACACUUUUUCUUUUCUUUUCCAGAGAAGAUUUUAAAAUGCCUGCUCUGAACUUUUUUUCAAUACUAAGUUGCUUACAAACUUGGGGGGGGGGGGGUGCUUAUUUUCUUGCAAGCGUCUUCUGCUACAGGAGAUGCUAGAAGAGACAUAUAAAAGUGACUGAACACUUGUCUGGCUUAAAAGAAAAACCUCUGGAUCCAACAUCUGCAGACAGUACUUACCUGGGAAAAGAAAAUGGGCAGACAAAGGAAGGCGACUCUACUACUAUGUCAACUUUCUUUUCCUGUAUGUGCCCCGCUUGCGAAUUUAGGACUACUGGAUGAGGGGUACAUUUUAUGCAACAUUUUCUUAGUUUCCUGCCUGCCUGGUAAUAUAUAUAUAUAUAUAUAUAUAUAUAUAUAUAUAUAUAUAUAUAUAUAUAUAUAUAUAUAUAUAUAUAUAUAUAUAUACACAAAAAUCUGCAUUAAAUAUUAAUCCUGCAUGCUGGACAUGUAUGGUAAUAAUUUCUAUUUUGUACCUUUUUUUUCUUGUUUAUCUUAAACGCAUGUUGUCGAUCUGAACUUUUUAUUUGUUGUUUUGUUUUUGGAUUAUACGAAAAAAAAAUGAAAUGAUCACAAAAUAUAAACGUUACUGCUUGAGCAGUUUUCAUUGGAGAGGGUGGAGGUGGGGGUGAUUUUUAGCUUGUAAAUAUAUGCAACAUUAAACUGCACAGGAACUUGCUUAGAGGCUGGUUUUAAACUUAUUUGAUUUUUUUUUUUUUUUUUUUUUUUUUUAAGUUAUGGGAUUUUAUUUGUUGCAGUUGCAUUAAAAGACAGCCAACUUUAUAAAUGAAGUGCACUUUUAAUGUUCUGGUUUAUUAUUAUUUCGGUGUCUGCAGUUUUCAUUUUGGGUUUGUUGUGCUGGCCACCUUAGAGGAA